AUGUCCCAAUCUGCCAAACCCCAGGCAGAUGCAAAUGCCUUACACAAGCCAUAUGAUCAAUUCAUCCUCUUUGGCGACUCCAUCACUGAGAUGUCGAGUGUUCAAAACACCGGGUUUGGUUUGCACGGUGCUUUACAAGAUGCCUACGGUCGACGCCUCGACAUAAUCAAUCGUGGACUCAGCGGCUACAACACAGCCAAUGCUGUUAAAGUAUUCCCUAUGUUCUUUCCCAAACCAGAGCAAGCCACUGUUCGAUUCAUGAAGACCAUAUUCUUCGGUGCCAACGACGCAUGUCUGCCAGGACACACCCAACACGUCCCCCUGGACCAAUACAAAGAGAACUUAACACGCAUCAUUCAACACCCUGCCACAAUCUCUCAAAACCCAAAGAUACUAAUCCUCACGCCCCCGCCGGUCAAUGAGCACCAACUGCUGGUAUUCGACAAGGAAAAAGGGAACUCUAAUCCCUCUCGAACUGCCCGUAACACGAAGUCAUAUGCGGACGCGGCUCGAGGAGUCGCUGCUUUGACUGGCGUGGCUGUUGCAGAUGUCUGGACGGCGUUUGUGAAGGUGGCUGGAUGGAAGGAGGGUGAUCCCUUGCCUGGGUCGAGGGAUUUACCCGAACUGGAUCGUUUCAAGAAAUUGUUUAUAGAUGGACUGCAUUUGACAGCAGAUGGAUACCGCGUGGUAUAUGACGUGGUGAUGGAGGCUAUUCGGACGAAUUGGCCCGAUCAGGAUCCAAAACGGCUUCCGAUGGUUUUUCCUCAUUGGACGGAGGCGCCGAAAUGA